AGAAGAGGGAACUCAAGUGGGCAGACGGGGCGGUGAGGACUGGAGAACCAAGUGGCCCAGACCACCAGAAGCCUAGCUGCCCUCAAGAUGAAAGAUCACAGAGGAGCAAGGUUUAGCGGCACAGGAGAUGGAGCCUGGACGUGGAGGCCCUUCUGUGCUGCCCCGCUGGCCCCUGCCUAGGCGGCAGCCUGCCCUGUGGCCAACCCUGGCUACUCUGGUUCUGCUGAGCAGUGUCGCUGAGGCCUCUUUGGGGCUCGCACCCCGCAGCCCCGCCACCCGUGAAGGCCCCGCACCAGCCCCGGCGCCCCCCGUGGGCCACCUGCCAGGUGGCCGCCCGUUCCGUUCCUGCAGCGGAAGAGCCCGGCGACCAGCCCCUCAACAUCCCCGGCCAGCGCCCCCUCCAUCCGCACCCUCGCCGGCUCCUUCCCGCGGGGGCCGCGCAGCGCGGGCUUGGGGCCGAAGUGGCAGUGUGCGGGCCUUGGGGUCGCGGGGCUGCCGCCUGCGCUCGCAGUUGGUGCCAGUGCGCGCGCUCGGCCUGGGCCACAGCUCCGACGAACUAGUGCAUUUCCGCUUCUGCAGCGGCUCUUGCCGCAGGGAGCGCUCCGCGCACGACCUCAGCCUGGCCAGGCUGCUGGGCGCUGGGGCCUUACAGUCGCUCCCCGGCUCGCAGCCAGCCAGCCAGCCCUGCUGCCGACCCACGCGCUAUGAGGCUGUCUCCUUCAUGGAUGUCAACAGCACCUGGAGGACUGUGGACCGGCUCUCAGCCACUGCCUGCGGCUGCCUGGGCUGAAAACUCUCUCCAGAUGGCACCCUUACUCGGGAAUCUUCUUGCCUGGAAGGGGCCAGGAGCCUCAACCAGAGAUGGACAUCACAGGCCUCGGCUGGGCAAGUGAUGGGCAUCGGCCCUGGAAAGAUGGAGGGAUAACUGGCCGCAGUCCUGGCCCUGCGAGUCCCAGCCCUGCAGACCCCAGAGACCUGGCUAUGGAGACCCUGGGACCCAUCUCACAGACGCUGGCGGGACCAGGCCCCAGACCCAGGACCCCUCCUCUGGAGAAGCCAGCAGUCUCUGAGCUCUCCGCCUCAGUCCAGGCCCCGGGGAGAGAAUUGGAGGAGAAGCAUUGCAAUCACAUUGCUGAAGUGAGCAGGCCUGGUACUCACUCCUGG